AUGUCAGACGAGGAAAGCAACUAUGUGGAGCCAGCGGUCAAUAAAGUACCCAACUAUGAGGUGUCUGAGCAUGCCUUUCUCCUUACACAGCCGAAACUGCACAAUAGACACCCGGAGUCGUUGGAGUUCGUGAUGAAGGCGAUCCGGGAGGAGAAGAUGGCCCCCUACUACAAGUACCUCUGCGAGGAAUACCUCCCCAGUGGUUUGAUAGAAUGGGACCAGGCGCUGUACGACUCGCUUGUUGACGCCAACACACAGGAUAUCACGGAGCUGAAGGAGCAUCUGCAGGAGAUCGAAGAGAAGGACGAGGGCGAGCUGGAGAAGGCACAGUGCUGGAUCAAGCUGGGCGAGUACUACGCGCAGAUCGGCGACCGCAAGAACGCAGAAGAGACGCUGACCGAGGCCAUCAACAAGGCGGUGUCGAUGGGCGCCAAGAUCGACAUAAUGCUGACCAUCACGCGGCUGGGGUUCUUCUACAACGACCAGGUGUUUGUCAAGCAAAAGCUGGCCCAGAUCAACUCGAUGAUCGAAAAGGGAGGCGACUGGGAGCGCCGCAACCGCUACAAAACAUACAAGGGCAUUCACUGCCUGGCCGUGCGCGAUUUCAAGGAGGCGGCCCUUCUGCUUGUGGACUCGCUGGCCACCUUCACAUGCGUCGAGCUGACGUCCUACGAGAACAUCGCGACCUAUGCAUCCGUGGCGGGCCUGUACGCGCUCGAGCGUGUGGAUCUCAAGGCCAAGGUCAUCGACUCCCCCGAACUGCUGUCGCUCAUGAGCACCACGCCCGCGCUGCAGUCCAUCACCUCGCUGACCAUCUCGCUUUACACAUCGGAGUACUCCAGCUAUUUCCCGUACCUGCUCGAGACAUACGACAACGUUCUCAUGCCCUGCAAGUACCUCAACCGUCACGCCGAUUGUUUUGUGCGCGAGAUGCGCCGCAAGGUAUACGCCCAACUACUGGAGUCCUACAAAACACUGUCCAUCAAAUCGAUGGCCAACACCUUUGGUGUUUCUGUUGAGUUCUUGGACAAGGAUCUCAGCAAGUUUAUCCCCAACAAGCAGCUCAAUUGCAUCAUCGAUCGCGUCAACGGCAUUGUAGAAACCAAUCGCCCAGACAACAAGAAUGCACAAUACCAUCAACUGAUAAAGCAGGGUGACGGCUUGCUGACUAAGUUGCAAAGGUACGGCGCUGCCGUCAGGUUGACGGGGACCGACCGUUCAGUAUAA